AUGGAUUCCGCCACCGUCUCCGACGCUGAUCCGAUGGUUAAGGGAAACAAGUCCUCCGAAUCAGAGAUGGAUUCCGCCACCUUCUCCGAGAUGGUUAAGGGAAACAAGUCCUCCGAAUCAGAGGAAAAAAGGGUCAUCAAACACUUUGGUCCAAUGUGGUACGAAUUGGAGGAACCUGACGAGAGAGAAAGCUUUAAUCCAUUAUCGUUCUACAUGAGUUCCACCGUCGACCACCCUGGUCCGAUCUCUGUGGUAAACAAUUUCAUGGGUUUGGUUAUGACCAAGUUAGAGACGACUUUAAGGUCAUUCAAUGUGUAG